UCUCGUUCGUUUUUUUUUCGAGCGAGUUCGCGCGUAAAUUUUUUUCGCCAACCGCUGGUUAGUCUCCCGGGUAUGGUGUACUAUUCUGGCAGGAGAGCUUUUUUGGAGACCACGCGAAUCGCAAUCGAAACGAACGAUCUACUUUUCCGAAUUAUUAGAAAGUAAUUGCAUCGAAUUUCGUGAGACUGAGUGAGGUAAUUAGUAGUAGCCAUAGCCAACAAAUCGCUGAGGCAGCCCGAUAAAAAGCCAAGUGGCGUUUCCUUCCUGUCCUCGCGCGAUAGAGAGAAGGACGAGAGAGCUUAGGCUUCGCUCGUCCCCGCUAACCUACUAGUUAUCGGGGAUCAUUUUCCCCGAGCUACGCGAGGGACGAAGCCUUCUCCGGCGUAGUGUAUACCACUAGGAAAAGUUUUUGCAUCAACCCUCGCUCUCCCUUCCCUCAGAAUGGACAAUCUUCUGAAACAGAUAAAUCCACGCGCGAGCGACCGAAGAAAGCCCGCGACCUCCCAAAGAGAGCCCUGAAAGUGAGAGGGUAUAUAAGGCCGGGAAAAAAGUCAUCCCCCGUCGUAAAAACUCGUCGGCGUCGAAUCAUCCCGUCUGGACGCGGCGAGCGACAGGUCCGCUUAACGUCGCAUAAAAUCCACGCACGCUGCUUUCGCCUCGAGGAAAAUAAACGCGCACACGCGUCUCCUCGGAAUUUCGCCUCUUGACCAUAUUAUCCUCGUAACUCCGCGCUCGUAAAAUAUUUGUUUCAAUUUCCGGUGAGUGCGCGCGGAGAAGCUAUACUGCAGCGGCAGAAGCGAGUUUAUGAGUUGUUAAGCGCGUCUCGCCGUGUGCGUGCGUCGUCGAUAAAAUGGCGAAACGAGGCGUUGAAAUUCCGUCGUCGCCGUAGUCUCAUCUCGUGUGUGAAAGUUUCGUCGCGUGAAUUUCGCGAGUCUCGUUCGCUGAGUGUAAGUGGGUCGUGUCGAUUUUUCCUCAAUUUCGCUUGUUGCGGAGAGGGAACGAAGAAAUUUCCCGAGUGGAGAUCGCGUACUAAACGAGGGGAUGGCUAUCCGAGAUAUAUCGUUUUCUCGCAGAGGCGCCAGAGAGACACAUCAGCUUCCUUCUCGGAUGCAGAUAUAUAUCCGGAGGCCUGGGCGCCGCGGGUGAAUUUGGCAUAGUCCCUCGAGUGCUAGGCUCUAGAUCCGUCGACGGAAGAAUGGAUAACCGGUAAUUGUAGCUUGGCAGGGAUUCAAUGUAGGUAAAUACGCUGUGUCGUGCUCCACGCGCCACGUGUAGACACAACCAGCGUGUCCCGUCCCCGUUGUCGUCGUCGUCGUCGUCUUCUCUCUAACCCUCACGUAGGCGGAGACCGGUGCGGCGCAGCGAGAAUUGGUAAGGGGCCAAGAAAAGUCGAUGGGCGCCCGAGCUACUCGUGAGUCCGCUCCAGAUGGAGUCCGCCUCUCUGUGAUGUCUAUCUCUUUGGCCUAUCGCUACUUGAUACCUCGCAGCCGAGGAGGGGAUUCAUCAUGCCAGGUGGGCUUGACGAUGCCGCCAGAUGGGAUAUGGCUGCUGGGACUACUCCUUCACUCGAGUACGUGGACUUUGGCACCGAUAGAUGUACCGAGAGAUCGGUGACGAGUUGAACGUUAUAUUGGUUUCUUUUUUCGAAGCGGAAGUAGAAGAAGAAGAAGAAGAAGAAGAAGAAGAAGAAGAAGAAGAAGAAGAAGAAGAAGAAGAAGAAGAAGAAGAGACUAGUAUUUUUAGCGCGAGUGAGGAGAUAACGCGAGCACGACUUCGGAGACAGGUGGCUGGCUCUGAUAAGGGCAGCUGUUGUUUUCUCUGAUAAGAGCGCAGUUCGUUUUGGAUUCAUAAUCUGUUUCGCGUUUGUGGCUGCGGCGUGUUUAUUCCACCGCAUCGAGGCCUGCUUGGAGCGCAAGAAAAUACGUGUAUUCGGCGAGCAAGAACACGUGGAACUACUCAAAGAGGGAGUGAUCCACGCGCUGGAAUGGAAGAGCAAAAUAACGCCCGGACUGUUUUACGCAGUGGUGAACGUCUUGAGAGAGGAUUACAACCACGUGGACGUCAUAGACGUAAGCGAAAACCAAUUGGACGGAUAUGUCAUCGAUAAUCUGUCGAUAUUGAUACAGAUGAUAUUAACCGGUGGCGAACAGUGUCCUUGUGGAAAAGGACCUGUGCUGACACCUCGCGUGAUUGAGUGUGGGGACUUGAUAGAUUGUUCCUUCGAUAAACUGAUAAUUGACGUUUACCUUACCGGUCAUCCCGAAAAGGACGAUGUUCAGAUUUUGAGAGUGAAGUACAAGACGACUACGAAGCCAUGUCAUCUACUGGAACUUAAGAUUCAAAAUUUUGUUAUCCGCGUGGAAAAUAAUCAGAACGGAUAUGGCGAAGUCUUAGGUUUGACAGAUACAACGGAUGACAGUUUGGAAGCUCUGAGGAGCCACGAUUACUUUAGCCAACUGAUAUUCAGAUCGAAUAAGCAAUACACCGAUUACCAAAACAUGGGGAGCUUGAGAAUGGGUAAGGGUCAAAGAUACCUCAGUUGGAGCAACGUGACUCGUGGACAAUUUUUAGUAAGAACACAUUGAGUUACUGAAAGCAAUAAAACCGAGCAUUUCACCGAUACCGAUGGCUACAUGAAGAUCAAAUUCGAUCCCUGCUCACCUCCAAAGUAUUGCUCUCGCUGCUUGAAGAAGCUUCUAAUUGAUUUUGCAUACAACGCGAUGUUCAAAGGACCUUUGGAAUGCCCCACAAAUAACGGGCUAUCAACCAUACCAGAUUUGGUAGAACUGAGGUACCCGAACGAUCCCACGAUUCAACACUGUCGCCUGAGCGAAAUCAUGGUAACAGUACUCCCUUCAGCAAAGAACAAAAUCUACACAAAAGUAAUGAAAGACUUCGGAGGAUUCAGCCUAAACUUCGACAGCAUCUGGACACCCUGCGUCAAACACCUGAACUGCAUCGGCAGAGACUGCAGCAUCAACGUCAUCUGACAAAAAAAACUUCACCAAUAAAAUAUACCUCCUCGGAAAACAUCGAUCUCCUCCACCUUCAAUACCCACAACAGCCGUCGAUCCGUCUGCAAGCUUCUUUUUCGCGCGGCACCUCCACAGAGCCCCUUUCACACCAGAGAGAAAGAGAGAACGCGGCAAUGAAAUAUAGCUCCGCGUCCUGGAGCCAGACUCACCGCCUCAUUUCGCGGUCCGGUGACGCCCAGGAAUUCGCCAAUUGGAUUUUCUCUGACGCGCUCUCACCAUAUCUCUCUCUCUCUCUCUCUCUCUCACUCUCUCUCUCUCUCCCUCUCUCUCUCUCUCUUUCUUUCUUUACUUGUAAUGUGUAUAUCUACGCACCAGAUAGGGUUGUACCCCAAGGUGAAAUAAAAACAAACUCAAACUCAAA